AUGACUUUUGAUAGUAAUCCCAAUCAAUACAUGGCAAAGACUGGUGCCUUUAUUGAAGAUGUCAAAUUAGUUAAAAAGGCAUUCGUGUUACCAGGUCAAAGGUAUCUAUUCUUCGAUAUAACACCGGCCAAUUAUACGCUUCAAUUACAGGCAAUGACUGCAGAAAAACUGGAAUUUAAUCUACCAGCAGUAUUCACCAUUGGACCAAAAGAUGAAAAAUCUUCGUUAGAACGAUACGCAAAGUUAUUAGCAGCUAAUGAUAAAAAUAGUGAUCACGUGAAAGAAUUGGUCAGAGGUAUCAUUGAAGGGGAGACGAGAGUCAUUGCCGCCGCCAUGACUAUGGAAGAAAUUUUUCAAGAAAGAAGAGGAUUUAAAGAUCAAGUUAUUAAAAAUGUUCAGGCUGAAUUGGAUCAAUUCGGUUUAUUCAUUUAUAAUGCUAACGUUAAACAACUUCAAGAUACUCAGGGUUCUGAAUACUUUGCUUACAUGCGUAUGAAAACACAUGAAGGUGCCGUGAAUAAAGCAAAAGUUGAUGUAGCAGAGGCCAAAUAUAAGGGAGAUGUUGGAGCUAAAGAACGUGAAGGUCUUACCCGUCAAGAAACGUCAAAGAUUGAAUCCGAUACUGUUAUCGUUGAAAAUGAACGCAAAGUGCAAAUGGCAGAAGCGGAGAUGAACUUGGCGACAAAAAAAUCCGAAUUCGAAAAGAAAACUAAGGUUGCAAGUAUUGAAGCAUCUCAAUCUGCAAAGAUGCGCGAAUUUGAAUUACAAAAAGAAGUUGAAGAACGUAGAUUAUUAUCAGAAACAGAGAGAUUACGAGUACAACAUGUUUCAAAAGCUACAGCAGAAUUUGAAGCUGCAAAAGCUAUUGCGAAUGCGAAAUUAUAUACCUCUCAAAAAGCAGCAGAAGCUGAACUUUAUUUAAAGCAAAAAGAAGCUGAGGGUGUUUUGGCCGUUUAUAACGCCCAAGCUGAAGGUGUUAAGAAUUUGAUGCAAGCUUUUGGUGGUGAUAGAAGCGCUGCUUUACAAUAUAUUAUGGUUGAACGUAAUGUUUUCCAACAAUUGGCAAAAGAAAAUGCUAGUGCUAUUAAAGGUCUUAAUCCAAAGAUUAGUAUUUGGAAUACUGGCGGAGAAUCAACUUCUUCUUCAAACCCCGUAGCAAACAUCUUUCAAUCAUUACCCCCACUUUUAAGUACAAUUCAAGAGCAAACGGGAAUCACCCCACCUUCUUGGGUGGCUAAUAUGCCCAUUACUAGUGAUAAAUAA